GACAGCAUGCAAGACGACACCAUAGAAGCUUCUACUUCCAUAUCUCAGCUUCUAAGAGAGAGCUAUUUAGCGGAAACCAGACAUCAGGGAAACAACGAGAGGAGUAGAGCAGGGCCUUCCUCCAGCCCUUUCCAUUUUGGCAGUCCUUCUGGAGCUGCUGAAGGAGGAGGAGGCCAAGAAGACCUUCCAGAUCUUUCAGCUUUUCUGAGCCAAGAAGAAUUAGAUGAAAGUGUCAAUCUGGCAAGAUUAGCCAUCAAUCAUGACCCUUUGGAGAAAGCAGAUGAAGCUCAAGCUCGAAAACGUCUUUCUUCAGAGCAGAUGAAACAUCCACCUAAACCAAGUUUUGACCCUAAGAUCUGCCAAGAUAACUCUCCAAGUCCUACUAGCUCUAAAGACAGCCCCCCGGAGACAAAAAAACCACAGUAUAGUUCUGAAACCCAGUCCAAAAAAGUAUUCUUAAAUAAGGCUGCCGAUUUCAUUGAAGAGUUGUCCUCCCUUUUCAAAGCUCAUAGCUCCAAAAAGAUUAGACCUCGAGCCUGCAAAAACCACAAGAGCAAAGUGGAAUCUCAAAACAAAGUUAUGCAGGAAAGCAGCUCCAGUCUCUCAGAUUUGUCAGAAAGACGAGAAAGAUCUUCGGUUCCCAUCCCCGUUCCUGCAGAUACCAGAGACAAUGAAGUGAAUCAUGCCCUUGAACAGCAGGAAGCCAAAAGGCGUGAAGCUGAGCAGGCUGCCAAUGAGGCAUCUGGUGGAGAUACCACCCCGGGGUCUUCACCUUCGUCUUUGUAUUAUGAGGAACCUCUGGGGCAACCUCCCCGGUUCACUCAAAAGUUACGGAGCAGAGAAGUUCCAGAAGGAACCCGAGUACAGUUGGAUUGCAUAGUGGUAGGAAUUCCACCACCUCAAGUAAGGUGGUACUGUGAAGGCAAGGAACUUGAAAAUUCCCCAGAUAUUCAUAUCCUCCAGGCAGGAAAUCUACACUCACUGACCAUUGCUGAAGCCUUCGAAGAGGACACGGGACGCUAUUCCUGUUUUGCUUCUAAUAUCUAUGGGACAGAUUCAACUUCUGCUGAGAUUUAUAUAGAAGGGGUUUCUUCUUCUGACUCGGAAGGGGACCCUAACAAGGAAGCGAUGAAUCGACUCCAGAAGCCAAAUGAAGUGUCAACCCCUCCCACUGCUUCUCCAGCCAUUCCUCCAGCAGCCCCACAAGCCCAGCCUUUGGUGGCACGGCCUGGUGUCUCAACCAUCCAGCAGUGUCAGAGCCCUACCAACUAUUUGCAAGGAUUGGAUGGAAAACCUAUCAUUGCGGCUCCUGUGUUUACAAAGAUGCUACAAAAUUUAUCAGCCUCUGAGGGUCAGCUGGUUGUCUUUGAAUGCAGAGUAAAAGGAGCUCCAUCUCCUAAAGUUGAGUGGUAUAGAGAAGGGACCUUGAUAGAAGAUUCUCCCGAUUUUAGGAUUUUACAGAAAAAACCUCGGUCCAUGGCAGAGCCAGAGGAGAUUUGUACUUUGGUCAUUGCUGAGGUAUUUGCAGAAGACUCUGGGUGUUUCACUUGCACUGCAAGCAACAAGUAUGGCACGGUGUCAAGCAUCGCACAGCUGGAUGUGAGAGGAAAUGAAGACCUCAACAACAACGGGUCUCUUCACCCCGCCAACUCCACCUCCAACCUGGCUGCCAUUGAACAACAGCCAUCCCCACCCAACCUGGAGCCCCCUUCUGUGGAACAGCCCCCCAAACCCAAACUCGAGGGAGUUUUGGUGAACCACAACGAGCCACGGUCUAGCUCAAGGAUCGGGCUUCGUGUGCACUUCAAUCUGCCCGAAGAUGACAAAGGAAGCGAAGCCUCCUCUGAGGGUAGGGUGGCGGCUGCCAAGCAGACCAGGCCUGAUGCUUUCCCGGAGAGGUUCAAUGGACAGGCAGCAAAAAUCCCUGAGCCUUCUUCACCCAUCAAAGAGCCCCCGCCAGUACUGGCUAAACCCAAACUAGAUUCCAGCCAGUUACAGCAGCUUCACAAUCAAGUCUUACUGGAACAACAGCAGUUGCAAAACCCAUCUCCUUCAUCUCCCAAGGAAUUUCCUUUCCACAUGAGUAUUUUGAACUCCUCUACUUCUCCAGCAGUGACAACGUCCAGCAAGCUGAAGGUGCCUCCAUCGCAGACCUUCAGCCUCACCCGGCUGAAGCAUUUCUUCCCCUCCAUGAACGCCACCAUGGCCACGGUGUCUCCUUCCAGCUCUCCAGUGUUCACUCUGAGCAGCACACCUCACGCCAUUCAGAGGACAGUGAGCAAAGAAAGCCUCUUAGUUUCUCAUCCCUCUGUGCAAAACAAACCUCCAGGAGGGAUUUCCAUCCAAAAUGAACCACCCCCUCCUGGUCCAAAAGAGCCAGCACAACUGCCACUCACAUUUUCCGUCUCCAGUGGAAACCAGUUUCAGCCCCGCUGUGUGUCUCCAGCUCCGGUCUCUCCCACCAGCAAGAUUCAAAAUCCAGUGGCUUUCCUCAGCUCCGUUCUGCCUUCUCUCCCUGCCAUCCCACCCACCAAUGCCAUGGGGCUGCCUAGAAGCGCACCUUCCGUGCCAUCCCAGGGACUAAUGAAGAAAAAUACAAAGUCUCCACAGCUGAUGAAUGAUGAUUACAUUCGUGAAACUAAAAAUGCAGUGAUUCUAGACUUGGGGAAAAAAAAGAAUUUCAGUGAUGUCAGAUCAAACCAGCAGGAGUACAAAAUUUCAAGCUUUGAGCAGAGGCUAAUGAAUGAAAUUGAGUUUCGCUUGGAACGUACCCCUGUUGAUGAAUCAGAUGAUGAAAUCCAACACGACGAGAUCCCCACGGGCAAGUGUAUCACUCCCAUCCUUGACAAAAGACUCAAGCACUUCCGGGUCACAGAAGGCUCUCCAGUCACAUUCACCUGCAAAAUUGUUGGGAUACCUGUUCCAAAGGUUUACUGGUUCAAAGAUGGGAAGCAGAUUUCUAAGAGAAAUGAGCACUGCAGAAUGAGGCGAGAAGGAGAUGGGACAUGCUCUCUGCACAUUGAAUCCAGCACCAGUGAUGACGAUGGCAACUACACCAUCAUGGCCGCCAACCCCCAGGGAAGAAUCAGCUGUUCUGGCCAUUUAAUGGUACAGAGUUUGCCCAUUCGUAGUCGACUAACUACUGCUGGUCAGUCUCACAGGGGAAGGUCUCGAGUGCAAGAAAGAGACAAAGAGCCCCUCCAGGAACGCUUUUUCCGACCACAUUUCCUGCAGGCUCCUGGAGACAUGGUAGCUCACGAGGGGCGCCUUUGCCGGCUGGACUGUAAGGUGAGUGGCUUACCGCCCCCGGAGCUGACGUGGCUGCUCAAUGGCCAGCCCGUGCUACCUGACACCUCCCACAAGAUGCUGGUCAGGGAGACGGGAGUCCACUCUCUGCUCAUUGACCCACUCACGCAACGUGAUGCGGGGACCUACACGUGUGUCGCUACCAACAAAACUGGGCAGAAUUCCUUUAGCCUGGAGCUCACUGUAGUAGCCAAAGAGGUGAAAAAAGCACCUGUGAUCCUGGAGAAGCUGCAGAACAGCGGCGUUCCAGAAGGCCACCCGGUGAGACUCGAGUGCCGGGUGAUAGGCAUGCCCCCGCCCGUGUUCUUCUGGAAGAAAGACAACGAGACCAUCCCUUUCACCAGAGAGAGGAUCAGUAUGCACCAGGACACAACAGGUUAUGUCUGCCUCCUCAUUCAGCCAGCCAAGAAAUCAGAUGCUGGCUGGUAUACGUUGUCAGCCAAGAAUGAAGCUGGCAUCGUGUCGUGCACUGCAAGGUUGGAUAUAUAUGCUCAGUGGCACCAGCAGAUUCCACCACCCAUGACCAUCCGGCCCAGUGGCAGUCGCUACGGCUCUCUCACCGGUAAAGGACUUGACAUUUUUUCUGCCUUUUCCUCCAUGGAAAGCACAAUGGUGUAUUCAUGCUCUUCUCUGAGUGUGGUGGAGAGUGAAGAACUUUAA